AUGCCUGGCGGGAUGGACACCAGUUUCCUGCAAACGCAGGUCACUACCAUCAUCGCUCAAUUACAUUCUAUCUUCGACGAAAUAGGCGUACCUAGGAGUGAGCGCGAGUCCAGAGAGACAGAGCUCUUCACAGCUUUGUCUGAAACACUUAACGACCAGCUACGGGUUGCAAAUGACGAGAAGAACAAACUGACUAGUGAAGCUCAAAAUAUCAUUGGUACAAUCAAACAGAUGGAGAAGUCAUUGGAGGAUGGCAAAGACUACGCCUAUGAGAUCAACUUGGAGGAUAUGAAAAUUAGCUAUCCACUUGUCGAUUGCUUGCGCGACUUGAAAGAGAAAUACAACAUCAUCAGUCGACUUCAUCGCGAACGGUUCGAACAGGUCAAGAAGCUCGUUCAAGCACUAGAGUCCUAUUCCUCACACCUCGAGUCCUCCUUCAUAAAGAUCAAACUUCCUCCCACAAACACAAACUCGUGUCCUCCAACCUUCGAUCUGUCACCAUCCUACGUCGCAACUCUAGACGACGAGUUUACUCGUGUCUACGAUGAGUAUAACAAGCGAGUCAACGUUGUCCAAACAACGGCAGAAGAAAUUGUGCGACUUUGGUCAGACCUCGGGGUUCCGCAAGCUCAAACGGAUUCAGGCAUCGUCCAACACUACCGCGACUCGCCUGAACAACUUGGUUUGCACCAGUCAGAUGUUGACCGCCUGCGCAGCCGAAGAGACAAGCUCUUGGAGGAGAAGCGCUCAAGAGAAAAGAGAUUGAGAGAUAUCAAGGCCACUAUAGAAACUCUAUGGGAUCGACUUGGUAUCACUGAACCAGAUCGCAAGGCCUUUUUGGCUGCAAACCGUGGCUGCGGCUUAAGAACGAUCAAUGAGUUUGAAGACGAACUCGCACGAUUGAACGAACUCAAGCGCCAAAAUCUCCACUUAUUCGUCGAAGAUGCCCGUGUAAGAAUACAAGAGUUGUGGGAUGCCCUUUACUUCUCCGAGGAGGAAAUGCUCGACUUCACGCCCGCCUUUUCAGAUGUCUACAGUGAUGCCUUACUAUCAGCACACGAAGCCGAGAUUGAACGUCUACUGACUUUAAAGGAUCAGCGAGCUCCUGUGCUUGCUUUGAUUGAGAAGCAUAAAUCCCUUAUCUCAGACCGUGACGCUCUGUCAGCUUCAGCCGCGGAUGCCUCUCGACUUCUGCUCAAACCACAGAAGGGGGAAAAGAGAGAUCCAGGUAAAUUGUUGAGGGAGGAAAAAAUGAGGAAGCGAAUUGCAAAGGAGCUGCCUAAGGUCGCGGCGGACCUUACCAGGACUUUGCAACAAUAUGAGGAAGAAUAUGGUCGACCAUUCCUCGUGCAUGGAGAAUCGUAUCUAGAAGAAUUAGAAGCUCUUGAAGUGAAGGUACCACCACCACGCUCGAAAACACCGAACGGUAUUCCACCUAGAUCCAAGACGCCGGCUCCAACUCCAUCGACUAGAGCUGUACCAAGCGCAGCGUGUAAACCUGUACAGCCACCCAGACCCAAGAGCGCAUUCGGCACUUCUUCUUCUCAACCACGGCCAGGAGCGAAAACACCCACCAGCAUAAGACCAACGAUGGCACGGAAUCCUCCUUCUUCCUCCAUCCAGCCACCCUCGAGGAUACCACAGUCACCAUCGAAAAUUCCAGCUCGUGUGCCGGCAAGUCAUGUGCAGCAGGGCAGUCAGUCUCCGGAACGUCGCGUUGCCAUGCCACAGCCACCAGCACAAAACUUUGACCAGUCUUCGAUUCAACAAAAUUUCGCGCAGUCCACGAGAACGAUGGGUCCACCUCGCGCUCCUCCACCGAAGAUGCGCAACCUUCUCGAGACUGCGGAUCAGAUGCCAGCGGCGCCAGCACCUUAUGUCGCUUCAAUCAGACCACCAAGUGCACUUUCGAGUUCGACUGUAUCAGAUAUUAGCAGUAAAUACAUUCGCCCAAUCAGUCCGGAAGAUGUCUAUGAUGAUCGGGAAAGGAUGUCGUAUAUGUCAGCAUCGCUUAUUGAUCGGGAGAAGCACUAUCAGCACCAAGCAAAUUUCCAUGCUGCUGUACAACAAAACCCUGCACGGCCAGCCUCGCGGCAAACAUCUAACACAUCCUCGAACCUUACGACCGGAACCACGGCCAGUGGUAGUGAGAAUUGGGAAACCUAUUCCGAUGCCAGUGAAUUCGAGCCUGAUCGUGAUGCAAGAGAUGCUUAUCAUGUCACAGCACAUGGCAAGCGGACAGGAGGUGCAUAUGGACACAUGGCGCCACCGCCUAAGAUGCGUGUGCACGACAAGAUCCUAGAGCAAGACGAGAACAUGAAGAGAUUAAAUGGAAGUGAUGCAGCCUGGACUGAAUGUUCAGAGACGUUCUGA